AUGAUCUCACUGUCCAAAGAAAUCCCCGGAAACUCUGGUUACUCUGUUCAAGUACUAAUCGAAGGGUUCGCUUGCAACUUGGUUUCGUACCACCAUGUUACAGCGAUCUUUUGCGCGAUGAAUUUAAUCAAGGCAUGUUUAAAAGAAACACAGUCUCGUAUUUCGAAGCUACUUGUCCCACGGUCUCAGCUCAAAUCGUUCGUGCAACCGAGUCUAGCCGUGGAAGAACCGGAUUAUUACGAACCUGGCGGGUUUCAUCCUAUCUCCCUUGGGGAUACAUUUCACCAUGACCAGUAUACUAUCCUGAGGAAAUUGGGUUAUGGGCAAUACUCUACAGUUUGGCUAGCUAGAGAUUUAAAAUGCCGAAGAUAUGUAGCACUCAAGAUGUUGAGAGCUGACUGUUAUGGUGGCACCCAUGAUAUUUUCGAGACGGAGAUUCUCUCCAAAAUCUGUGAAGUGUCUAGGCAGAGUUCUCAUGAAGGCCGCGCUCAUGUGUCGCAUCUCCUCAGCAAGUUCAAGCAUAAGGGCCCCAACGGCGAACAUGUUUGCCUCGUGUUCGACGUAUUAGGACACCAUCUGGGUUUCCAAACGGUGAAAUACGAGGACGGAAGAUUACCUGUUAAAACCGUGAAGUUAAUUGCAAAACAGCUACUGCUAGGACUUGAUUUCCUUCACAGAGAGUGUGGUAUUAUUCAUACUGAUCUAAAACCAACAAAUAUACUGUUAGAGUUGGAAAGCCCGAACAAUGCCAUUGCCAAGUAUCUAUCGGUAGUUCCCCCGCGGAUGGCCGAUCCCCAACGUGGUGCUCCGCUUCGUGAGGUUAUCACGACACCGCCAAUUUCCGAAAUAAAGCAUCCUCAUGUCAGAAUUAUUGAUUUUGGCGUCGCGUCUUGGAGAGAAAAGCAUCUGUCAGACCUGAUCCAGUCACCGGCUUUAAGGGCACCAGAAGUAACUAUCGGCGCCCCCUGGGAUACUGGUGUUGACAUAUGGAGUCUCGGAUGUCUUAUUGUGGAGUUUAUCCAAGGAAUAGUUCUCUUCUCCAGAAGUCUUCUCCGUAUUCCGAACUUGAAAUCUACGAGCCUUGAACGCUUGCUAAACGGCACAUCAAAGCCGUUUCUGAAGCCCGAGGAUAUGCCCGAUCAUGAAGUCGAUAUAUUUACUGACUUCAUUAAGGGCAUGCUAACAAUCGAUCCAGGGUCUCGAAAGUCUGCAGCAGAACUGCUGCAACAUGAGUGGAUUCAUCCCCGAUGA